UUAAUACGUGUGUGCUGUGUAUGCUGUUGUCUUUUCACAUGCAUGCCGUAAGACAGGAAAGCAGGCAUUAGUUCCAGAUGGAAUGCAUGAAAACGUGGAUCAAACUGCUUUCUUGAGGUUUUCGAGAGGUUUUCUCAAUGAGUUCUUUGCCAGCUCUUUAAGACAGCAUCGCUAGCACCAAUUGGAUUAUUCGUUUUUUAACUGCAAAGAAAAUCUUUCCCUGCCAAAAUGCUGAUAAAGGAAUAUCGCAUCCCUCUGCCCAUGAGCGUGGAGGAGUAUCGGAUCGCGCAGCUCUACAUGAUACAGAAAAAGAGCCGCGACGAGACGUGCGGGGAGGGGAGCGGUGUGGAGAUCCUGGAGAACAGGCCCUACACAGACGGCCCGGGAGGCUCAGGGCAGUACACUCACAAAGUGUACCACAUCGGGAUGCAUAUACCCAGCUGGUUCCGGUCCAUCUUGCCCAAAGCUGCAUUGAGAGUAGAAGAGGAGUCCUGGAAUGCCUAUCCCUAUACUAGAACACGAUACACCUGCCCUUUCGUGGAGAAGUUCUCAAUUGACAUUGAAACCUAUUACAAGCCUGACACAGGAGACGAGAUCGAUGUGUUUAACAUGUCACCGUCAGACAGGAGACAGAGGACUCUAGAUCCCAUCGAUAUCGUUAAGGAUCUGAUCCCUCCUCACGAGUACAUGGCAGAGGAGGACCCCAAACUCUACAAAUCAAUGAAGACCAAGAGGGGGCCCCUGACGGAGGACUGGAUUGAGGAGAUCAAGAACAACCCGGGCAAGAUGCCCAUCAUGUGCGCCUACAAGCUGUGCAAAGUGGAGUUCCGAUACUGGGGAAUGCAGUCCAAGAUCGAGAGGUUUAUCCACGACGUAGCCCUGAGGAAGGUGAUGGUGCGGGCACACAGGCAGGCCUGGUGCUGGCAGGAUGAGUGGUACGGGCUGAGCAUCGCGGACAUCCGGCAGCUGGAGCACGAGACACAGCUCAUGCUGGCUCAGAAGAUGGCCGAGUUCAGCUGCAACGACGAGGCAGAGCAGAACGGAGCGAGCACCUCGCCGGCCGACAAGGACCAGGAGGCAAAGGCCAUCGCUGCCUCCGAGGCCGAGGACGUCUCCGGCAGCAUGGGAGACACGCUGCAGAGCCACGGCGAGCUCACCAAGCAGUGGUCCACGUCCUCCAAGUCUUCUCGCUCUUCCAAGAGAGGAGGGAGCCCCUCUCGUCACAGCAUAUCAGAGUGGAGGAUGCAGAGCAUUGCGAGAGACUCAGAGGACAGCUCCGACGAUGAAUUCUUCGAUGCCAUUGAGGACCUAUCUGACAGCGAGGAGAUCUUUUCUGAGAAGAUCACGAAGUGGAAUUCGAAUGACCUCAUAGAUAAGAUUGAGAGCGCGGAGGCUGAUGAGGAGCUGGGAAAUCUGUUUCAGGAUUCAGCUGCUUCCAGUGUGGAGAGACUGAGCGCUAUUGAGAUGCAAAGCUCUGUUAGCAGUGCGAAAGGUAGCUCUGCUAUCCCAACAGUUACAGUGACAGGAGUCUCGUCAGUAAGUACAGUAGUAAGAGUAGCCUGCUGUACUAGCAGAUUGUGUUGCUUAGAAAGUGCAACCACUAACCCCCAUAGACUAGUAGUCUGA